AUGUCCUUCGAAUGGUCACUAUCCUUACUUGCUAUUCACUGCCUGUAUCGUUAUGCGAAGAUCACAGGAAAAUUUGCCUUCCUUUUUGAUCGUUGGCAAGGAUUACUCGGGAUUACGGUGGCGCAUUUUCUGAUCGGAUUUGUGUACAUAUUUGGGUGUCAUUUGACGAUGAGGCCAAGCCCCGAGCGCAAUCAAAUCAGCGCCAAAGAAUUAUCAGAACGUUAUAAUGUAUCUUCAGAAGGUCUAGGAUACCUUGGACCCAUUUACAAGUUGAAGAACCAAUCAACCGGAAAAUCCGAAUUUUACGUAGGGAAUAUGGCUGGUUCCCUGGUUUGUGGGCUGGUGCAAAUCAUCAGUUACGACGUGAUAUGUUAUUUCGGGUUUAAACUAUACCUCUUCGUGCAACGGGCCUUGAUCAGCGCCAAGACCAAGUCGAUCAACAUGCAAUUGCUUAGACUGCUCUGUAUUCAGGCCAUUGCACCUAUGGUUUUCGAGUAUAUCCCUGCUUCCCUGACGAUAUGGGGCGGAUUUGUGGCCGGGUUUUGGGGCGUACCGUCGACGUCUGAAGGAGUGGGUGGGGAUGUCGGUGACGGGGUCUACGGUACACGCAGAAAGUCGAGGGACGACAUC